CUGGACAAAGUGUCGUUCAGCUGACCACUAAAUGUCUCACUGACCACUGUGCUCAGCGCGAGCGAGGAAGUGUUACGUGGAAUAUUCUGGUCACUCCCAUGAAACAUCAAUCACUAUUAACUAAUACUUUGUUGAGCUGAAUCCAUCAUUAGAGACAUUGUUACCAAACAUGAAGAUCAUCAGGACACUGUUGGCUUUACUGAUGUGCCUUGGAGCUGCAGCUGCAGAUUCCAGCGGAAUCUGUGAACCGAGUUAUAUACCUGGAAACGGCAAUUAUUGGAUCGUCCUAAAGGAAAUGACGACAGGCUGCUCGACAGACUUCGUCACUCAGGACGGGAUGCAAGUUCACAUCCUUAAUCUGCUGUUCUCACCAGACAAUUUAAUGGCAUUCUCCCUCAACGUAACUGCAGCAAAACCCUCCAUUCUGAUCAUCACCUCCACCAGCGCACAAAUCAUCCAUAUCGUACUUUAUUAUAAUCCAGCAGUGAGCUUCUUUGUUACAAAUGGAACUUCAAUACAUUUUCCUGUAAGAGGUCUGGAUAUACAGACACAGGUUGCCCCAUCCACAAAGGGAGAUGCUGAACUUCUGCAAUGGGCAACAGAUGAGUUUGGAGGGGUCACAUCCUUUACCACUGUGCGAGACCCCAAAACCAUCACUUUCACAGGCAUGAAGGGUUCACAUCUAGCCUCCAGUUGUGAGCUCAAGUCGGAGCUGCCAGCAGAAAAAGACUUGAUUGAGCUGGACGUGGACACAUCAUAUAACAAACUGAAAUUUUGUUAUAUGGAGGAUUCUGGAGAAGAAGUGCACAUUAUCAGUAUUCCAGAUGAUUUCAGAAUAAGGCAUGUUUCUGUGCAUUUGCCGCAAGACUCUAAAGUGCUCUUGAGAGGUCCACCACACACUGAGUGGACAAUCCAUGCAAAAUCUGUCAUCAAAAUACUGUCUAAUAAUCAAGUAUUCGUCAAUAACCUGCCGAUGAAUCGGACGAUUGCGAUCUCAGAUGAUGCUGCAGACAUCAUGCAGAAGGUCUUUUCAAACUUCAACAGCAAAUCAGUCACCAGUUACUCUGAGAUCCGUCUGAACAUCUCUGCAGUCCAGCUGUGGAUUAGAAGUUACAUGAGCUGGACAGUUCCAUCAAGAGUAUCAGAAGAUGAGGACACCACCUCAGCUCCCAGUUCUUCAUUGGUUCCUGUUCAGAUGCAGCUGUUCUUGUCUCCAGACUAUAAAUCACCUCUGGAUCCCAGCAGCAAAGUUUACAGUGACAAGAUGGUCUAUGCAGAGAUCUCUUAUCACACGUUUGGAGAGAUCUACUUCAACAUUAAAGUGAGUAGCUGUCAAGUGCGCUCUAUGACACUGGAGAAGAACAUGCCUUUUAAAGAGGAGACAUGUGUCGGAAAAGACUGUCCCAAGAGACUUAGUUUCUCCUUCGAGCUGAUUCAAGAUCUUCCGUCCACCUCGUGGGAACUGGAGUGUGCAGUUCAUCUCUGUUACGAUGGGAUCGAGUUUUGUCAGAAAGAAACUGUCAAGAGGAACUUGCAGGUCAUCAAGUCAUAUAUACCAAGCACAAAUCGAUGUUUUGAGUUUGGACUCUCGGCGGUUCUGGGAAUCGCGUUUGGAGGAUUCAUGAUCGGAGUUCUGCUCACCGGAGCUCUAUGGUUCAUUAAAAUACGCACAGCUUAUGAGGGAAGAGUUGGAGAGAGCAGAUGUAACAAGCCGCGAGAUGAUUUGCCACUAGAAAUAAGAUGAAACAGUCAUGCAGCGUCAUUGAGAUCAACCACAGCCGACCUCUCAGUUCUCUCGAUAUCAGGAUGCCCGUGUGGUCUGACCAAACAUCAACCCGUGCCCACCCACCCAUCACCCUCUGAGAACAGUAGUGCCAAUGCCAGCAUUGG